AGAGAACGAAAAUAGUGUGAAGAAUUUGUCUAUAUAUACAGAAAAGCAGCAGUUACUUAUGCUGCACUUGUGAGCUUACAAUAGUAGUGCUCUCAAAGAGGUUGAACUUUGUUGCAAGUAAACAAUGGAGGCAGUACGUGAACAAUACAACAGAGCCAAACCCUUUCUUGCAGUCAUUUUUCUCCAAUUUGGGCUAGCAGGCAUGGAUAUUCUCACCAAAGUGGCCUUGAACGAAGGAAUGAGUAACUAUGUAUUUGUUGUGUACCGCCAUGCAGUUGCCACUUUGGUUAUUGCUCCUUUUGCAAUAAUUCUAGACAAGAAAGUAAGACCAAAGAUGACGCCCUCAAUAUUUGCUAAGUUGGUACUUCUUAGCUUACUGGAGCCUGUCAUCGACCAGAAUCUCUACUCUAUUGGCCUGAAAUACACAACAGCAACUUUUGCAGCUGCAAUGUGCAACAUUCUUCCUGCCAUUACUUUUAUAAUGGCCUGGAUAUUCAGGCUUGAGAAGGUGAAGCUUACAAGCAUCCGCAGCCAAGCCAAACUAGUUGGGACUGUUGCCACAGUGGCAGGAGCCAUGAUCAUGACCCUGGUACGAGGCCCAAUAGUUGAACUAUUUUGGACAGCAGGAAAUGCCGGUCAUGACUCUCAAAGUGGUGGGUUAAAUCUAAGCCAUGCUAUCAAAGGUUCCAUCAUGAUAACAAUUGGGUGCUUCAGUUGGGCUGCAUUCAUGAUUUUGCAGGCAAUCACACUGCGGACUUAUCCCGCUGAGCUCUCGCUCACUGCUUGGAUAUGCUUGUUGGGAACAACUGAGGGAGCCAUAGUCGCAAUGGUAAUGGAGAGAGGAAAACCUGCAGUGUGGGCCAUAAACUGGGACUCUAAGUUUCUUGCAGCUGUAUACAGUGGAAUAUUCUGUUCAGGACUCGCGUAUUAUAUCCAAGGAGUCAUAAUGAAAGACAGGGGACCUGUUUUCGUCACAGCUUUCAAUCCAUUAAGCAUGGUUAUUGUAGCUAUAUUGAGUACAAUCAUUCUACGUGAACAACUGAACCUGGGAAGGGUACUAGGUGCUGUUGUGAUUGUUGUUGGCCUUUACAUUGUCCUAUGGGGUAAAAGUAAGGAUCACAAAUCUCCAUCAAUCGAUGAACAAGCAAUACCAACACAUGAAAUGACACAUGAAACCAAAAUUGACAAGGAAACUUUAAGUCAGACAGUUGUCCACAUCAAUUCAUCGAGAGGAACAACUGCUACCAAAGAUGAAACCAUAUAAUGAUUUUCUCUUUGAGGCUUUAUCUUCCAAAUUCCAAAAGGAGGUCUGGCUAUAGAGCAGCCUCUUCAUCUAAGAAAUGAGCUCCUCUUCAGCUGCAUCUUGAAUUAGUAAUUAUUAGUUAAAGAUGGUUUACAGCGUGUGGCCAAAUUUAAGCCAGUUAAACCACCAUUUUUGGAAACUUCUUUCUGAACUAUAGAAUGACUAAACUAUGUUAAGCCUAUAGGCCUUUCCUUUUGGUUUUUAAUCGAUAUUAAACCAUGUAUAAUAAAUUAUAGUAACAACAAUAAUCACGCCCAGACAUGUAGAUAAGUUGGUUCUUGAA